AUGGCCAAAGGGUUGAGAUCAGUAUUUUCUGUCUGGUUGAUUGUGUUGUAUCUGGGCAUGCUUGGUUUGCAUGAUUGCUAUCAGCCAAGAGUGCCAGGAGUUUAUAUUUUUGGUGACUCGACUGUUGAUGUUGGGACCAACCAUUACUUGACUGAGUCUGAGUGUAGAUCAAGGGCUGAUUUCCUUUAUAAUGGGAUUGAUUUUCCUCACUCUAUACCAACAGGCAGAUUUAGCAACGGCUUCAACAUUGUUGAUUAUAUUGCCAUCUUUCUGGGUUUCAAGAUGAGCCCGCCACCUUUUCUCUCUCUUUUAGACAAGAAUAAGCAAUUGCCCAAAAGGAUGAUCAGAUUGCUAAGUAGGGGAGUUAACUUCGCCUCAGGAGGAUCUGGAAUUCUAGAUGAUACUGGAAAACAGUGGGGAAAGGUGAUUCCCUUUGGAGAACAGGUGGAGCAAUUUGCAAUAGUACGCAACAAGAUCUCAGAAUUAUUAGGUGAAGAGGGUGCAGCGGCUAAUAUAUCCGAGUCUCUCUUCCUCAUCAGCGUUGGAAGCAAUGACAUCUUAGAACAUUUUGCUUAUAACCAAUCUGGACAAGCCUACAUCACCACUCUCAUGUCCACUUAUGAAAGUCGUUUAAGGAAUCUAUUUGAUAUCGGAGCCAAAAAAUUUGGGAUUAUUAGCGUUGCACCAAUUGGAUGCAUCCCGUUGAUACAUAAUGUUACUCAAACUAGGGAUUGUUUUGGGCCCAUGAAUGAGCAUGCUCAAUUGUUCUACAAGGCACUGCAUGACAUGUUGCUUAAGUUAAGCUCAGAAUGCAAAGGGAUGAUGUAUGCUCUUGCAGAUGCUUAUAAUAUGACCACACCCAUUCUCGAAAACCCUCAUAAAUUUGGUUUUAAUGAGGUGACAAAAGCUUGCUGCGGGAAAGGAAAUUUCAAUGCCGAGGAGCCAUGUACACCAAACGCGAAAGUGUGUAAAUGUCACAACGACUACUUAUUCUGGGACCAAUAUCAUCCAACACAAGCUGCGUCUUAUCUUGCAGCUCUAGCUGUUUUUGGUAAUCAUGAGUUCGUGGUACCCAUGACUUUUGGUCAAUUGGUACCUCCAUGA